AUGCAAGAUCUACGUGAAGCAAGCGUACAAACUCCUAUCCCAAGGCCAUCAAGAGAGGUACGGCAGCACGAACGAGAUUUAGAGAGGCAGCUCAGAGAAAUACGGCAACGCGAAGAAGAUUUGCAAAGACAGUUGAGGGAGUUACAGCAAAACUCGCAAAGACAGCAGCAACGAGAAGGAAACCUUCAAAUGCAGCUGAGGGAGACACAGCAACGUGAAGAAAACUCACAAAGGCAGCUGAGAGAGAUGCAGCAACGCGAAGGACACCUUGAAAGGCAGUUGAGAGAGACACAGCAACGUGAAGAAAACUCACAAAGGCAGCUGAGAGAGAUGCAGCAACGCGAAGGAAACCUUGAAAGGCAGUUGAGGGAGACACAGCAACGUGAGGAAAACUCACAAAGGCAGCUGAGAGAGAUGCAGCAACGCGAAGGAAACCUUGAAAUGCAGUUGAGGGAGAUACAGCAACGCGAAGGAAACUCACAGAGGCAGUUGAGGGAGAUGCAGCAAAACUCACAACGUCAGCUGAGGGAGACACAGCAACGUGAAGAAAACUUAGAAAGUCAGCUUAGGGAGAUGCGGCAGCGAUUUGAAAACUCCCAACAACGGGUUUCCACCUUAGAAAGACAGCUUAGAGACAAAGACCAGGAAGUAAAUGAGCUUGUGUUAAGUCUUUCAUUAGCCCAGCAAACAAUAAGUGAACAGCAACAACAGAAAUCAUGCGAUUGGGUCAUUUCCCGCGAUGAAAUUCAAAUGACCAACAAAUGCCUUGGCAGGGGAGGCUGGGGAAGUGUUUAUGAAGGCGUGUAUUGUGGCUGUACUGUAGCGGUAAAGCAAAUUCAUGAUCUGAUUCUUUCCCCUCAUAACAUACGUCUUUUUGAGAGAGAAAUGAAUAUUGCAUCCAAAUGCCGCCAUCCUCACUUGCUUCAGUUUAUCGGCGCCACUAAUGAUGAGGGAAACCCUCUGUUUGUGACCGAACUGAUGGAAAAAAGUCUGCGAGCUCUGUUAGAACAGCGGCAACUCUCCCAGAUAGAAAUACGAGCCAUUCUUCUGGAUAUAGCCCGAGCAAUCAACUACCUUCAUCAGAAGAAACCAGAGCCUAUCAUUCACCGAGAUGUGAGCAGUGCUAAUGUGUUGUUAUGGCGACAAGGUGACCAAUGGAGAGGCAAAGUGUCAGAUUAUGGCACUGCUAAUUUCAUGCAGCAGACCAUGACAGUGGCUCCUGGAGCUAUGAUUUACUGCGCGCCUGAGGCACUUACAUCAAAGCAAACGGUCAAGGUGAGUUUUCUUGAAUUUAGGGCUUUUCUGAUUCAAUACUGCUUCAUAAACACGUUUUAGAUUUAGAAGAAACGCGUUGGUGCAUUGAUCUUGAGCGCGUAGGAUUUUAAGACCUGGUUGGUCGUUUACUCACACAAAAGAAACUGUACUACACUCUGUCCUACUUUACCUUGGUGUAAAAUUGGAAGCAGCAAAUUGAUGCUGAUCUGUUUAGUUUUGUGUGAACCAGAAUAACAUUCUGUGCUCGUUCUCUUGCUGCUUAAUUCCCGGCCAAACAGUGGUAACGGUGAUAGCUUUUACCUUCACCUUUUGACCUCAAACAUUCAUGGGUAAUCUCGACUAUUGAUCGUUUUUCAGGAGUUUACACUGUACGCAACGAAAACAAGCUGUAGACGUGUGGUUUUCUCAUUAAUUGUUCAGUUUUAAAAUCGUACUGGAGACUUCUCAUAUAAAUCUAAUAGAGUCAAACCUUUCCAAAACGACCGCCUUUGGGAGAGAGUAACGUCACCGCGUGGGAAAGUGGCCGUUAAGGGGUGGUAGGGUGUAAAGUGACACCAUGGAGAGGAGGCCGUUAAUCUGUGUAAAGUAUAUCCUACAGCCUACAGCUUAAUAAGAUCACAAUCAGACUAUAAUACUUAUGGUCAAACCAGUUCAAGCAUAACCGCCCACCCCCAAGAUUCGAUUAAUGAACUUAUUAUUCGAAAAUUUUAUCCAUUUAAAGAUUUUUCAAUCUGACCGAAUACAGAGAGGUUAUCGUUAAAAAUUCAGUCUAAUUACACAUACAGGAAUGCAGAAUUGAAUAUGAUACUGGUUGCGUAGUUACAAAAAGAGGGAAUGAUCUAAAAUGACCUAAAAAUGUGCUACAACGGUAUCUAAAAUAAAUAUUAAAAGAUGUCUCAAAUAACCUUAAAAUUUUAAACUAAUACAGGCAUUAGGAAUGUAAUUUCGAUGACUGCGCAUGUGGUUUCGAAAGAGUUCUUCUGUUAAAAUAUGUUUGUAACAUGUUUCCUGAAGAAUGCAACAAAUUUACUUUGACACACAACACAAUGGAUUAGCAUGACACGUAAGCCUCCUAGUCACGGGGCGCGGAGAUGAUGGCCCACUAAAAAGCCAGUUUACAUAACAAAUCAGUUGCCAUUAGAUCUCACAGCGCACUUGUUGUACAUCAAUCAAAACUCCAAAUGAUCAAGUCCAAUUGCAGCAGCUUACAUAUUCAUGCCGAAAUUUUAUUUAGUCUGAUCUCAGGUGUAAUACAGUCGACUGGUAAACUCAAGAUUUUUGCGCCAUCAGCUCUACUCCAAUCAAAACUGCGUUGCUGGGCGAACUUCUUUUCUUCGUGUCAUCAUCUCCGCACCGCGUGACAAGAAGACUUACGUGACACACUAAUCCUGCUCUUUGUCAACGUAAAGUUUAUAUUGAGUUGUUUAUUAGGAAACCUUCAACGGUAUAACUAAGAAGUAGGUGAGACCGAGAACUGUCCACAAUGAGCCUGAACUUUUAGGUAGUUUCAAUUGUUUCGAAACCACUUGCGAGGCCAGUAAAAAAAAAUAAAUUUGAAAUGCGUGUGUCGUUCAUAGGUUGAUGUUUAUAGCUUUGGUGUUCUUCUUUGUGAAAUGUGCGUCCGGGAACUUCCAGAUCCUAGAAGGCGUGAACAACAAGUUCUGGUCAUGACGAACCAUGUGUUGAGAGGCCUGGUACGGCGAUGCCUGCAGACAGAUCCUGAAGCGAGACCAACCAUGCAGAGGAUAAUCGACGAACUAUCAAGAUCUGUGUAACGUCCAUCAAGUAUUUUGUCAGAAUUUUGUGAAAACUUUCGUAGUUGAUAGAGUUGAAUCGCUAGAAAUCUUUUGUGCGGAAAUUCGUGUGUAGUCGUUUAUCGUGACAACGUAGUUUACCCAAAUGUUGCUAGAAAACAAAUUACUCAGGUUGAAAACAGGUU